CUAAAUCAAUGAUGACACUCUCAUAGCUGGCAUCUUCAUCGCUUACAUAGAAGAAUAUUUUAGCUGCAACAAACAAAACAACAACAACAACAAUGACCAAAUUAACCAUCAUGAUGGCCGUAAUGGCCGCCAUUUUGAUGCCCGAAUUGAUCGAUUGUUUGCCCAAACAACGACCCUAUGUGGAUGCUGGUGAUGAAAAUAAUAAUCCUGUCUGCACUAGUGAGCCAUUAGUGCAAUUGAAAAAUGGUGGACGUGUUCGUGGUGUAUGCAGAACUGGUCUCAAUGAUCGAGAAAUACAUGCCUAUCUUUCCAUUCGCUAUGCACGUGCUGAACGUUUUGCCUAUGCAGUUGCCGAACAACCAUGGGAUGAUGUUUAUGAAGCAACAUAUCAACGUGAAGCAUGUUCCCAAGAAGAUCCCACCGUAAAACAUUCGGAAGAUUGUCUUUACCUUAAUGUUUUCCAACCGAUCGACGAUAGUGACCAAUUGAAACCGGUCAUGGUAUGGAUCUAUGGUGGUGGCUUCAGUCUUGGAUCGAUCGAUGGUGUUGCCAGUAUUCUUUAUGAAGGUUCAGUAAUUGCUUCGUUGGGUGAUGUGAUUUUGGUCGAUAUGAAUUAUCGUCUUGGGCCAUUCGGCUUCUUGUACAGUGGUACCGAUCAAGCACCAGGUAAUCAAGGCAUUUACGAUCAAUUAAUGGCCUUACGAUGGGUUCAUGAUAAUAUCGAUCGUUUUGGCGGCGAUCCCAAUCGGGUGACAAUUUUCGGUGAAUCGGCUGGUUCGUUUGCCGUCUCGAUGUUGGUACUGUCACCACUGGCUAAAGGUUUAUUUCAACGUGCAAUCAUGCAAUCCGGUGCCAUCAGUGAAUUGAAGCAAUUUUCACCGGAUUAUUCAGUGGAAAAAGCACGAGCAUUUGGACGUAAAUGUGGUUGUCAUGAUGAUGAUAUUGAUAAAGUUGUCGAAUGCUUGAAACGAUUACCACCGGCCAAACUUACCUGGGCAGGUGAUGGCUUAGAUAUUCCGGCAAUGUUUGAAGGCGUGCAAACAAUCGUUAUGUGGGGCGAUAAAGCAGGAUUGUUGCCCGAAUCACCAUCCGAAAUGUUACGCAAAGGUGAUUAUAAUCAUGUGGAUGUGAUGUUCGGGUUUGUUCAUGAUGAAGCAGCACAAGUGGUAACACUGAUGGAUUUGGAAUUAAUCAACCCAUUGAAAUCCUAUACUUGGGAUCAUCUCUCCAAAAAACUAUCCGCCAUUUUCAAAGCAUUUUUGUUCACUGAACAUGAAAAGGAAAUCACCGAUUUCUACAUGCCACCAGAAACUCGACAUGGUCAUAUAAAAUCGAGUGUGGUUCGACGUAAAGCUAUCGAUAUUCUAUCCGAUCCGGUAAUGAUAUGUCCGAAUUAUUUGUUCGGACAACGAUUGGCAAUGCAAAUGGCUAAAAAUGCAUCGGCAAGCAACCGUAAUCGAUUCUAUUCGUUCCGUUUUGAUCAUCAUUCACCAUUCAUGAUACUUAUUGGCUGUGAAAAAUGGAUGGGUGUCUGCCAUGGUAUGGAUAUACCGUUUACAUUUGGUCUACCAAUCCGAAAAGAUGUUGUCAAACUAGCUUUCACCGAAAAAGAUAAACACAUUAGUCAGAAUGUUGUGAAAGCUUGGACACAUUUCGCUCAUCAUGGUAAUCCUGGCCCAAUGGGUGAUGUGGAAUGGCCGGAAUUUCUCAGUGAAGAUGGACAAUCAAUGAGACAGAUGGCAAUCGAUGUGGAAAAUCAUGUCAUUCAAAAUGAAUAUCGGGAUCGUUGUGAAAAACUAUGGGCACAAUAUCUUCUCCCAUUCAAAUAAGCAAUUUUUCCAUUGAAUAAUUAUCAAAUCCAUUUCAAUAUUCAUUUCAUUCACCCAAAUCCUUAAAUUCCAUUUUUAAUCAAUAAAGUUUGCAUUGAAAGUC